AUGGAGGUUGGCGGCGCGCAGCCCGCAGGUGCUGCGGCGGUUGUGACGGAAGCUCGCUUUGCCCAGCGGUACAGGCAGUAUCUGGAGGAGCAGCAGCUGCUCGAUGGCCGGCAUCGCGUGGAGAAGCUGCCGGAUGGCAGGGUGGCGCUGCCCGUGCUGGGGGAGACCCUCCCGGAGCCGCACCUGCGGGAGCUGCGGGAGCGCGUGGCCCCGGGCAGCACCUGUGUCCUGACGCGGCUCCUCCGCGCUGCACCUUCCAGGAAGGCCCAGGGCUGCCCGCCUGCCCGGAGGCUGUGCCUGGAGGUGAGGCGCUGGGCAGAGGCCCGGGGUGUCACCUGGUCGCAGGAGUUGGAGGCUGACUUGCCCCGCUCGUGGCAGCGGCAUGGGAACCUCCUGUUGCUGAGUGAGGACUGCUUCCAGGCCGAGCAGUGGAAACAGCUGGAACCAGAACUCUGGGAGACUGUGGCCUCGGCACUGGGCGUCCAGCGGCUGGCUAGACGAGGGCGCGUGUCCCCGAAUGGCGCUCGGACGCCAGCGGUGGCUCUGCUGCUGGGUGACCACGGCUGGGUGGAGCACGUGGACAAUGGGAUCCGGUAUAAGUUUGACGUGACUCGAUGCAUGUUCUCCUCCGGCAACAUCAGCGAGAAGCUGCGCGUGGCCUCCCUGCCCUGUGCCGGGGAGGUGCUGGUGGACCUGUAUGCGGGGAUUGGUUAUUUCACACUGCCGUUUCUGGUUCAUGCCGGUGCCGCCUUCGUCCAUGCCUGUGAGUGGAGCCCCCACGCUGUAGCUGCUCUGAGUACGAACCUGGAAAUCAACGGGGUAGCUGAUCGGUGCCAAAUCCACUUUGGGGAUAACAGGAAGCUGCAGCUCUCCAGCGUCGCGGACAGAGUGAAUCUGGGACUGCUUCCCAGCUCUGAAGAAGGUUGGCCCGUGGCCUGCCAGGUGCUGCGGCAAGAUGCUGGGGGCGUGUUGCAUAUUCACCAAAAUGUGGACUCUUUCCCUGGGAAGAAGCCCCAGCUUCCUGGACGCAGUGGGUUGGAGGAAGAGAAGCAGACUUGCCUUCCACAGAUUACCUCCAACCAGAAGGAAAAGCAAACUGGCAGCGAUUCUAGGAGAAAAAAGCAGGCAGGGGCCAUCAAGCCAGAGUGGCGGAGGUGGGCGGAAUCUGCAGACGUGCGCAUUGCAGCUCUUCUUCAGCAGUUGCAUGGGAAACCGUGGAAGACACAGAUCCUGAACAUCCACCCGGUGAAAUCCUACGCUCCCCACGUGGAUCACGUAGUCCUCGAUCUGGAGUGCCGGCCGUGCCCUCUCAUCUGCUAG